UGGAAAACGUUGUGGUGGAAGAGGAUGACGACGAAAUAAACGAUUUGAUGCGUGUUGCUUUAAAUCUGCGCGUGCUCAAUUUCAACUGGUCUAUGCGCUAUGAGCAAUCUGGCGGUGCAGACUAAAGAACAUUCAUUUGCGACUCUAUUUUUUUUCCUUUCCAUCCAUCCAUCCCUCCUCUCCGAAUCAUUAAUCUCCCCUCCUCCAGACUUCACAUCCGGUUCACCCGCUAGUAGCCUAUCUUCUGUGUCUUGCCUGUGUGUGUGUGUGUGACGGCCUGAUUCUCCACCGAGCUGUACUGCAGACCCCCUACCUGAAGUCGCUGCGUGCUAGACGGAUACUACGCCUGGCGUGCAUCGGUGAUGGAGGUACCGUCGGCGCUCUGAUCUGGUGGUGGGAGCCGAUCUGUAUGACACAAAGGCCGGGAUGAGACGAUAGGCUAUCGGAUGGGCGCCCCGGUUUGGUGAUACUCGCUCAACGAUGUCCAAGAGCCUGACGAAAAAAAAUCACUGGACCAACAAAGUCCACGAAGCGGUCGUCACCAGGAGCAUAGAGGGAGAAUUUGGCUUCGAGCUGAAGGGGGGCGCGGAGAUUGGGCAGUUCCCCUACUUCGGGGAGGUGAAACAAGGAAAAGAAACCGUCCAGAGCGGCAAGCUGGCCCAGGAUGAGUUGCUGCUUGAGGUCAACGACACGCCGGUGGCCGGGCUCACCACCCGGGAUGUUCUGGCUGUCAUCAAACACGGCAAAGAUCCCAUCCGCUUCAAGUGUGUCAAACAAGGGGGCAUGGUGGAUAAGGACCUCCGGCACUACCUCAAUCUGCGCUUCUCCAAGGGAUCCGUGGACCACGACCACCAGCAGAUCAUCAGAGACAACCUCUACCUCCGCACCGUACCCUGUACCACCAGGCUGCCAAAGGAGGGAGAGGUGCCGGGGGUGGACUAUAACUUUGUGAGCGUGGAGCGCUUUAUGGAACUGGAGCAAAGCGGAGCCCUGCUAGAGAGUGGAACCUAUGAAGAGAACUUGUACGGUACUCCCAAGCCCCCAGCCGAGCCCAGUCCUGCGGCCCCUCCCUUGAAUGUGAGUGAGGCGCUGCUGCCCGGAGCCUGGCCCAGCGCCCAGGGCAAGAGGAAGAGGAACCAGUCGGUUAGCAACAUGGAGCAGCGAGCCAGCCUGGAGCUGCCUGAGGAGGAGGACUGCAGCCCUCCCGUGGUCAACGAGAAUGGCGUGGCCAUUACGCCAGAGUCAAGCGAGCAUGAGGACAAGAGCACGGAUGUGUCUGAGGAGGUGUCUAUGAUGGAUGUCCUCACCCUUCCCCCUCCCUUCACUGAGCCCCCCACAGAGGGAGAGGAGUCCCCCGAGCGGGAACCCCCCAAAUCGCCCCCCAAACUCCCCAAAGGAGAUGAGGAGGAACUGGGACCCCUACCCGACAACUGGGAGAUGGCCUACACUGAGAAAGAAGAAGUCUACUUCAUAGAUCACAACACUAAAACCACGUCAUGGCUGGAUCCUCGGCUGGCAAAGAAGGCCAAACCACCUGAGGAGUGCAAAGAGGAUGAGUCACGGCUGAAAGACGACAUUAAUAACAUACAGCAUGCGCUCUAUCGGCAGGACAGAACAGCAGCCUCUGAACUGCCGUAUGGCUGGGAGAAGAUUGAUGACCCUAUCUAUGGCAGUUACUACGUAGACCACAUCAACAGAAGGACUCAGUUUGAGAACCCUGUCCUGGAGGCCAAGAGACGACUGGAGCAGCAGCAGGACAUGCAGAACCAGGGACUGUCAGCUCUGCCUUUACCUACUAUAUACAGAGAGAAGCCCCCAUUCACGAGGGACCCCACCCAGCUGAAGGGCUCCUUUCUGUCCACGGCUCUCCAGAAGAGCAACAUGGGCUUUGGCUUCACCAUCAUUGGAGGGGAUGAACCGGAUGAGUUCCUGCAGGUCAAGAGUAUCAUACCCGAGGGCCCCGCUGCACAGAACCAGAAGAUGGACACAGGUGAUGUCAUCGUCUACAUCAAUGACAUCUGCUGCCUGGGAACCACUCACGCCGAUGUGGUCAAACUCUUCCAAUCUGUUCUCAUUGGACAAAGCAUCACCCUGGUCCUCUGCCGGGGUUACCCCCUGCCUUUUGACCCCGAGGACCCCAGCGGGGCAUCCGCCGGAAACUCCCUGACCCCCAUUGGCAUGGAACACCACCCCAUGGUGGUGAACGGGCGUAGCAGCUACAACCAUUACCUGGAGUACCUCUCCCUGAGCUCUCAGCUCCCUUCGCAGGCUCUAACCCAGCCAGGGGCACCCCACCCUGGGGACACCCACCUGGAUGGGUCCUCAUUACCGCUCACCAACCCUGGGUCCGCUCCGGCCGUGACACCGCGCGACGACAAUGUCUCCAUGGUGUCGUCAGGGGCGACGGGGAUCACCGGGGGCGUGAUCCAAGGGGAGGAGCUGCUGACGGUGACUAUGGUGAAGAGGGCAGAGGGGUUCGGGUUCACCAUCGCCGAUAGCCCCACGGGGCAGCGGGUCAAACAGGUGUUGGAGCCGGUUGUGCAGGACGGAGUGUGUCUGAAUGAAGGAGACUUGAUCCUGGAGGUGAACCAGCAGGGUGUGGCGGGGGCAAGACACGGCCGUGUGGUGGAGCUGCUCAAAGAGUGUCCUGUCGGAGCCGAGGCCACGCUACUCAUACAGAGAGGAGGAGGGGAAGGUCACCUCUCUCCAUGGAAGACCUCCAAACAGAUACCAGAGCAGUGGGACCCCCAUGGAAGUCCCCAGACUUGCUUGUCAGCCCCAGUGCUUCCCCCGGGCACAUCCUUCUCUACCCAGCCACAGCAUCACACCUCGGUCCCCGACUCCACGGAGGGCUUCGACCUCAACAAACCCGACCCAUAUGACCUCUAUGAGAAGUCCAGGGCCAUCUACGAGAGUAGACGUCCAGAGUACCAGGAGGUGGAAGUUCACCUGUUGAGGGAGAAGACUGGGUUUGGCUUCCGCAUCCUGGGGGGAGACGAGGCCGUGCAGGCUGUGAGUCCGGACGCCCGCGACAAGAUUGUGAUCGGGGCGAUCAUAGAGAACACUCCUGCAGAGCGCGAUGGACGUCUUCGACCUGGGGACGAGCUCAUCUCCGUGGAUAAAAUGGUGGUUGCUGGGAAACCACACAGAUACGUGAUCGACCUGAUGCACGCCGCUGCACACAAUGGUCAGGUCAGCCUGGCGGUCCGGAGGAGAGUCCACUUCUUCAGUGAGGUGUUAGGGGUGAACGGCCGUAGCCCUGGCUACGUGUCCACGCAGCACAAUUCCCCGCGCAGCGACACCGCCUCAGCUUCCUGUCCCAUAACCCCCGGCAAUGUCCCACCACCAUCCACCACCUCCCCUCCGGAGGGCACCGUCCCCCUGCAUACCAGUGAUGUCAUCAUCCACCGCAAAGAGAACGAGGGCUUCGGCUUUGUCAUCAUCAGCUCGCUGAACCGACCAGAGAACACAGCUGUCAUCACUGUGCCCCACAAGAUUGGGCGUAUCAUCGAGGGCAGCCCAGCGGAUCGCUUUGGCUGCCUGAAGGUUGGCGACCGGAUCCUGGCCGUCAACGGGCAGUCCAUCAUCAGCAUGCCCCACGCUGACAUCGUCAAGCUCAUCAAAGACGCCGGACUCAUCGUCACCCUGCAAAUCAUACCGGAGGAAGAUCCCCACUCGAGGCCCAGCUCAGAAAAGCAGAGCCCCAUGACCCAGAAACACAGCCCCCAGGCCCAGCCCAGCCCCAUAGUCAACCAGCCCAGCCAAGGAGCAUCCCAGCCGGGUCAUGCACCAGCCCAGCCGGGACAGACAACCACCACCCAGGAAGGCCCAGCACCACCAGCUCUGCCCGGCCAAACAACAGACCAGCCAGGCCAAGAACCAGUAGCAGCCACGCAGCCUACCCCAGGAGCGGCCGCCCAGCCCAGCCCGGCAGGCACCCAGCAGAGCUCGGUCACCCAGCCACCCGGCCACCCUCCCCCGCUCUACCUCCACGACGGCAGGUCAGAGGUGAAAGCCAGGCAGGACGUGAAACCGGAUAUCCGUCAGCCUCCGUUCACCGACUACCGGCAGCCCCCCGUCGACUACCGGCACCCUCCGGUGGCUGAUUACCGGCAGCCGCCCACACUGGAUUAUCGUCACCCUCCUCCCCUCAUCGACUACAGACAACACUCGACAACACUCGCUGCACAGUUCCCUCUAGCACAGUUUCCACCUGACUUCAGACCACAGGACUUUGACUACUUCACGGUAGAGCUGGAGAAGAGUGUGAAGGGUUUUGGCUUCAGUAUCCGUGGGGGACGGGAGUACAAGAUGGAUCUGUUUGUCUUGCGGCUUGCAGAGGAUGGGCCAGCCAUCCACAAUGGCAGAAUGAGGGUGGGGGAUCAAAUCAUUGAGAUAAAUGGCGACAGUACCCGGGACAUGACUCAUGCCCGGGCCAUUGAGUUGAUCAAGGCGGGGUGCAGGCGGGUGAGACUGUUGCUAAAGAGAGGCACGGGACAAGUGCCUGAGUAUGUAGACGGUGCCUCCCCCUGGGAUACCCUUCCUCCAGCCCUCUCUGCCCUGCAGGAAGUGACCCUUGACCCCCAGCAGCCGCCCACCUCAUCUCUCUCAUCCCAUUCAGCCUCCACCCUAGACUCCCCCCACCAGCUCUCUCUAGAGGCCUCACUGCGUACGGCAGCCCAGGCUCCAGACCUCAGCUCCAUGAGAGGGGCUACAGGUGGCAGUUCCCAAACCAAGUGCAUAGUCUGGGAGCAGGAAACCCCACAUGGGCCUGGGUAGGUGGAGGGGGGACCCCAAGAGCCCCAGCCUACGCUGCGGCCCCCCAAAGCUCCCAGAGGGAACUUCGCGGUGAGGAUGGAGAGCAGCAGCACCGGCACCCCUGGUGGGGAGUGCACACACACCCACGCAGGCUCCGCACACUGCCGCAUGGCCCUGGGACUCUUCCUACCUGAGUGUGAGUCUGAACGGAGGCGGUGGAGAUUGGUUUACUGGUAUACACUGGGCCAGACCACUUCUGACCAGGUUGGACUGGCUGGCUCUUCAUAGGCUCCCAAAUCCAACCCACCACUCACACCAUCAGAUGCAAGAGGGAUCUCUCUCUCUCUCUCUCUCUCUCUCUCUCUCUCUCUCUCUCUCUCUCUCUCUCUCUCUCUCUCUCUCUACCUCUCUCUCUCUCUCUCUCUCUACCUCUCUCUCUCUCUCUCUCUCUCUCGCUCUACCUUUCUCUCUCUCUCUCUCUCUCUCUCUCUCUCUCUCUCUCUCUCUCUCUCUCUCUCUCUCGCUCUACCUCUCUCGCUCUACCUCUCUCUCUCUCUCUCUCUCUCUCUCUCUCUCUCCCGCUCUACCUCUCUCUCUCUCUCGCUCUACAUCUCUCUCUCUCUCUCUCUCGCUCUACCUCUCUCUCUCUCUCGCUCUACCUCUCUCUCUCUCUCUCGCUCUACCUCUCUCUCUCUCUCGCUCUACCUCUCUCUCUAUCGCUCUACCUCUCACUCUCGCUCUACCUCUCUCUCUCUCUUGCUCUACCUCUCUCUCUACCUCUCUCUCUCUCGCUCUACCUCUCUCUCUCUCUCUCUCUCUCUCUCUCUCUCUCUCUCUCCCUCUCUCUCUCUCUCUCUCCCUCUCUCUCUCUCUCUCUCUCUCUCGCUCUACCUCUCUCUCGCUCUACCUCUCUCUCUCUCUUGCUCUACCUCUCUCUCUCUCUACCUCUCUACCUCUCUCUCUACCUCUCUCUCUCUCUCGCUCUACCUCUCUCUCUCUCGCGCUCUACCUAUCUCUCUCUCUCUCUCUCUACCUCUCUCUCUCUCGCUCUACCUCUCUACCUCUCUCUCUCUCGCUCUGCCUCUCUCUCUCACUCUACCUCUCUCUCUCUCUCUACCUCUCUCUCUCUCUCACUCUACCUCUCUCUCUCUCUCUCAAGAUGAUUACAACCCACCACCUUAAAAACUGAAUUAUAUAUUACAGUUGUUGUGUAUGUAAACAUAAGUGCGUUGGUUUUGACCGAGUUUGGAAAACCCUUGGUUAUGUUACUAGAAAUAGACUAGAUUCUCAGUGGCGAAUUUAGCAUGCAGAUCUUGGUGGGGCAAAAAAAAAAGAAGAAAAAAAGAAAGAAGUGGGACGCAUGCCAGCAGAGCCGUUAGGUCCUACAUAGACCUGCAGCAACAGCAGUCCCGACAUCUUACCACAAGGCUCCGCUGGCUGGCAACGAAACAGUUAAUUCAGACUCAUUUACUGCCUUUUAAAAAAACAUAGCUGAUAUGGCUGACUUGCUUAAACACAUUCUAAUGACAAUUGAGAUGUACAAACUAUGCCAUAAGGGGACGACGCGCGGAUAAGAGUCUAUCGUAAUUUCAAUUAAGACAUUAAUUAGCUCCUAACAUCUUACUACACAACGUACACUUAAUAUUACUUUCUUAGCUACAGUACACAUAUCUCCCUGGUAUAUUACAACAUUUAUGCAGCAGCAUACGAUACAUUUUUGGACUCGCCUUGUUGUGCUGAAACUCACUUGAACAGGAAGGUGGCGCUGCGGUCCUUGGUGGGCAAAUUUUGUCAUCAAACUCUGAUAUUCUCUGGAUUUCCGGUGCUUUCAAAACAAAAAAAAGCAAGGUUGAAUCAUGAUGACGUCAUUGAUCUUCAGGUCGUAGCUCUAGAAAGAGGCCUCAUUUACAAUACCGAGUUGGAUGACAGUACAAAAUGUAUUUUCCCAGUCGGAGCCAAUUUAUUUCAGACUUCCCAGUUGUCUUGAACUCACUGAAUCCCAGAUUUGGGACCAGACAGCCACUGUCACUGAUUCCUUCCAAAUCACUCAUUGUUGAUUUUGCAAUUUCCAACUUGUCGUCUAAUGUUUAUGUCCAAUGGCCGAUGAGCACCGAUAUUUUUUAUCUAUAAUUUCUCUUCAUUAUUUCUCUUCAUUAUGACAAGGAUUAAAAAAACGGUUUGCCAGUAGAUUGUUGACUUGAUUCAUGAUGAUGACUGCUAGCUAAGAUUUUGAAAGUAUGAUGUUGACAUGAUCAGUCCAAUCAAAGCUACUGUACAUAUAACGUGAUUUGAAGUCAUUUUCUCUGUGGCCAAUGACCUUGAGCCUUCUUGGAUGUACACUUCUAAUGUAACUCUAUGGCAGCACCCAAGGGACUAGAAUUUUCUAAAUAUACCCUUAGACUUGGAGGUGAAGUAGCGUCCCCAUGAGUGACAGAAACUGAGCCAAUCACGGCACAGCGCUCCGUAUUUUCUGCUGGCUUGCCCCACCACAGAGAGCACUGAGCUUGGCUGAAACGGCUGCAUUUUGGAGUUGCCUUACUCAAGAAAACAAAAAAAGAGACCAUGUUUGUUUGCUGCUUUAUUAACUCAAUGAUGUAUAUUAUUUUUUACAUUGUUUGCAAAUUGAUAUGUGACAACUAUUAAUGCCAACAGGAGAGCCCCCCCCCCCCCUACAAAUGUGGGGCUCAAAACUGGUGUCCUGAAUGACGAGUCGCCACUGUAGAUUCUAUAACUAUGGACAUUUUUAGCUGGACUAUGCUGUAUGUAUAUGUCAGCAUCACGUGAAACCGAGAACUCUGGCUGUCCAUUUGAUAUUCUCCAUUUCUAUGCCUUUUACUGUGCAUCAUGAACCACAACACUGUGGGGGGUUCGGCGCGUAGGAUUUGUUGAGGAGCGGAGGUUUUACAGCUUGGGGGAGCUGAAAUGCAGAACUGGAGUGACAGAUUAUCCAGUAUUGUACAGUACACAUAUCAAACAGCACAUCAUCAGUGGCUAGUACCAAGGUGUAAGCCUACUGUUUCUGUUUGGUCUUCAGCGUCAGAAAACAUGUUGAAACUUUACAGUGUGAAAUAAUCAUAUGCAGAAGAAUCAUAAAAAGUCUGACUUCUUUAGCCUAAUAGCUUUUUCAUCAUAUUAUGGGUCCCUAAAUGAAUUGUUUGAGUACAAUGCAUUUUGGGCUUUCCUAUGGGUAUUAUGUGUAGCCUGUAGAAGAGGCUAGCCAUAGAAAUGCAGAGCCAGUCAUGUUGGCACCAAACAAUUACACUCAUAUUUGCAGUCUUUUAGCUUUUGGUGCCAACAGGUCAAAUGUAUAUUUCUCAAUCUAUUUCUCAAUCAUAUCUCUAAUCUCAACUCUAUUGCCCUGGCCUGUACUGUAGCAUGAAGGUCCAAGUAAAUGGCCUUCCUAGAGGCCCUAGAGGGAAUGGCCUUCAGUGUCUAGGGGCCUUCCUAGAGGCCCGAAAGGGAAUGGCCUUCAGUGUCUAGGGGCUUUCCUAGAGGCCCGAAAGGGAAUGGCCUUCAGUGUCUAGGGGCCUUCCUAGAGGGAACGGCCUUCAGUGUCUAGGGGCCUUCCUAGCGGCCCUAGAGGGAAUGGCCUUCAGUGUCUAGGGGCCUUCCUAGAGGCCCUAGAGGGAAUGGCCUUCAGUGUCUAGGGGCCUUCCUAGAGGCCCUAGAGGGAAUGGCCUUCAGUGUCUAGGGGCCUUCCUAGAGGCCCUAGAGGGAAUGGCCUUCAGUGUCUAGGGGCCUUCCUAGAGGCCCUAAAGGGAAUGGCCUUCAGUGUCUCGGGGCCUUCCUAGAGGCCCUAGAGGGAAUGGCCUUCAGUGUCUAGGGGCCUUCCUAGAGGCCCUAGAGGGAAUGGCCUUCAGUGUCUAGGGGCCUUCCUAGAGGCCCUAGAGGGAAUGGCCUUCAGUGUCUAGGGGCCUUCCUAGAGGCCCUGGACACUGAUUCCUUGGUCAGUUUAGCAUUUUCCCCACUAAUGGUUAAGGCCAGGAUUGGGGAGGGGAAUAUGAUCUUUGAUCUGUACCUAAGGAAAAAAUGUCAUCCUGGAGCAGACUUUGAUUCCUGUUGCCCAAAGUUGACUCUUGUUAUUUUAUCAUGAAAAGCCACACCAGGCCAAAUACGAGUGUGUGUUCUUUUGGAGUGCAAUCCUGCCACUGGGUAAUUUGAGGACCAAUGUUGGAACUCCUACUAUCUUUAUAGGUAUUUGGAAAUUCACCCCCCAAAAAAUCACAGAACCUAUAUAUCUCUGAAUUUUGAGCGUUAAGUUGCAUAUGUUGCAGAGAGGAUGAAACUACUGAUGCUCACACUGGCACGAAUUCCAGCUGUUCCGAAAAAAAAAGGCUUCAUUCCUCUAUGAAACGAUUUCUCUCAGUGCAGAUUCACUAGACAGUGCAGUGUUCCAGUCCAGACGAUAAACAUAUAAUUUCCAUGGUAAAAACAAAAAAGGUCAAAGGUGAACAAAUCGAUACUGGUUGCGUUCCAGGUAGACUACAUGCAUCAACCAAUGGUGGUGUGCCACAUCAUCGACUGUGCAUUCGUCCAGCAGAUUGCUAUAUCAUAGGGUGUGGUUUGCUGAUAUGUUAAACACCUAUCCAGUGGUUGUGAGAUCUGGCAUUCGUCUGCGAUGUAAUCAGCUAGGAACGCGGACAAUAUCGCUCAACCCUCGGUGUGUCCGUGGAGGCUUUCCCCUGCCUGCCUGCCUGCCUGCUGUGAGUCAUUUUGUAUACAGGAAAAAAUAUGAAUAAUGAUACAUCUGUGUGAAGGAUGGCAUGUUCAUGAAUCCCUCAUUAUGCUCAGUAUACCUGUGUCGUGUUAACCAUGUAUUAUCCACCAUGUACAGCUGAAUUCCUACAAAAAUAUGGUUUAUUGUACCAUUGAUACUGUAGUUUCAAAGACCGAAGUGGACAACUAUUUUUAUGAAAUGUGACUGGAUAUAUUACAUUUUGAAAAAAAAUUAAAAAAAUUGUUUACUGAAAGAUAUUCUGAAAUACUGUCAAAUAAACUCUUCAUGGUGUAAAG